CCACCACACUUUCCCAAUCCCUAGUAUAUAUUAUAUCAGUAUUAUUAGGGUUCAUACUUGAAGAAGAAGAAGAGCCGCACGUCGAACAACAAUGGUUCACGUCUCCUUCUACCGCAACUAUGGUAAGACUUUUAAGAAGCCCCGUCGUCCUUACGAGAAGGAACGAUUGGAUGCUGAGUUGAAGCUUGUGGGAGAGUAUGGUCUUAGAUGCAAGAGGGAGCUUUGGAGAGUGCAGUAUGCAUUGAGUCGCAUUCGUAAUGCCGCUAGAAUGCUUUUGACGCUUGAGGAGAAGGACCCGCGUAGGAUCUUUGAGGGUGAGGCUCUUAUGAGGAGAAUGAAUAGGUAUGGGCUUUUGGAUGAGAGUCAGAACAAGCUCGAUUACGUGCUUGCGCUUACUGUGGAGAACUUUCUUGAACGUCGGUUACAGACACUUGUGUUCAAGACUGGUAUGGCUAAGUCUAUUCAUCAUGCUAGAGUUCUCAUCAAGCAGAGACACAUUAGGGUUGGAAGGCAGGUGGUGAAUGUGCCGUCUUUCAUGGUGAGAGUUGACUCGCAGAAGCACAUUGACUUUUCGCUCACUAGUCCGUUUGGCGGUGGCCGACCAGGAAGAGUGAAGCGAAAGAACCAGAAGGCGGCUGCUAAGAAAGCGGCUGGUGGGGAUGCUGAUGAGGAUGAUGAAGAAUGAGCUCACUCUUUUGGUUCUGAGUAUUAGUGUUGUUUUGCUAUUGCGUGAGGUCUAAUGAGCAUUUGUUAUCGCUAUAAUGACUUUUUGUAGGAAGUUUUGGAUGCUUUGCAAAGUCUUUUGGUGAUUUUAUCAAGUCAUUUUAUGGAUUUUUUUA